AAGAAAAUGCAAAUACUGCUGGGUCCACUAAGAAAUUAAUAAUGCCUCAGAGGCUGAUAUCCGUGUUUGAGAUAUGAGUCACGGUAUAUAUUCGAGGCAAAAUACUGGGCCGACGAGAAAUAUUCUAUCCACGUACGUAGUGAUAAUUCAGAGGAACCAUAAGGAAAUGGCACUGCAAAGAAAUGGAAAUAAAUAUGAACUUUUUAAGCAUUGAAAGGUUUUGCAAGGUUGCCAAAGUGAAGGCCCUCCAUGAUGUGGAGAUAUCAAGCGACUGACGGAUCACUCGCUCACCUUUCAUUUGUUCAACCAGAAAAAGUAAAUCUAAAAGCUCAAAUGAUGUUUCUGCCUAUCAUAGCAAAUUGGAAAUGUUAUCUUGGAUGGAAAUGUUUAUAUGCUCGUCUGGUUUAACAAGAGAGGAAUUCAGUUUUAACCCGAAGUCUUAUUCCAUUCAGUUCAAUAAUGUAUUCCACUUCAAUGGAUCAUAUUCAAAGAUGCCCACAACCCACAAUGGCAUAUCACAAUGGCAUAUCACAAUGGCAUAUCAAUGGCUACCAAACUGAGAGUAGAACAUAACCUUUACCUGUCCCUUUGUCCACACCACUUUUGGUUUGUUUAUGUUCAAGAUGAAGGGGAGUUGCUCUGGGUACAAAGCUGUAGGAAACAUGAAAUACCACCAAAAAGACAUACUUCGUUAUUUCAUCCCUUUAUAUUGUUUUAUUUGAACCAGUAACUCGAGAGACAAUUUACUAAACAGGACAGGCUAGAAACGCCAAUCUCGACAUGACUUGAAAAUCCGUAACGAUACGUUAUGUUACGUUACGUUUCGUUACAAAACCUCCCACGCACAGAAAAUUACACGAAUAUUUCUCGCGCGUAGACGGCGUGGCCAGCUCGCGACAUUGGCAUUGGGCAUGAAAUAAGCUUAUUUACUUUUAGAACAAAGAUGGGCAAAAUAUGCAUUAUCAUCAAAUAUGUUAUUGAUUCUUAUCCCUUUGUACGUGCACCUUCAGAUCACGUUAUAACCGAACCACCAAUCAAUGGAAAGUCCAGUGAUGUCAGAAUUUUUUUUAAAAUUACAAUCCAUUUUGGAGAUCAAAAAAUUUUAGUCCCCUUUUCAUGUCAGACAUGUUGUUGUCUACUGAUGGUGAAGCCUCUACGUAUCAAAUGCAUUAACUUACGGCAACAUCAAGCCAAGGUCAUCUGUAUGGUGAUGUUUAUCGAGUAAAUAUGUUUAAAAUAAUUUAUUUCUAUCGUGUUGGGUAGGAUGGCGGCUAACAGACAAUCUGCCCGGAGCAAACGUUAAAAAUAAAGCAAAGUCAACAACAUUAAAAACAGUACAUGGUAUCGUUAGAUCAAAAUAAUAAAAUUUUUCUAAUAAAACUAUUUUCUGAGGAAAAUUAUUCGUGCCUUUUUACCAAAACCAAAUGCGUGCGUGUUUGCAAUUUAAUUAGAACCAUGGUUUGUCUUGACUUUGCAGUUCUACUUAUUAUUACUGUACCGAUGGAAGGAAAAACAGUCAUUAAUAUUUGAUUUGAAACACACUGUAAUGGGCAUGCGCAGUUAGACUGCAUCGUCAUUCCGCAUCAUUUGGUGUGAACGACUGGAACACGUGAGUGAUGUAAACUUUAGCCCGAAUCUUAAGUGAGAUAAGAGCUGGACCUGACUCUGUAACCGAGGAAUUCGUCAUUGUAUUACAACAAGAGUACAAGCUUGUAAUUUGACACAAACCUGCGCAAUUGCUUCUAUUGAUCCCCAAAAAAGUGUAUCGUGUUGCAGGAAUUAUCCCAAAUCGCUUCAAAACGGAAAAGUGAAAAGUGUGAGGAGAAACGUGUGAGUGAAUGUGGUGCAUUAAAUAAAAAUGAUCUUUGAAAUAGGAGAGUGCACCUGAAAAACUAAAGGAAAAGUAUUGCAUCCUUAUUAGACGAACAAGCGCACUCCUUGAAAGGGUUACAGCCUCCAUGUGCAAGACGAGAAUAAUGUCGGCUGUACCCCAGUAUCCAACUGAGUUACUUGUUAUGACUCGCUUCGCUUUGUUAUUUGUGCUCAAAAUAUUCAACAAUUUUAAUUUUUAAUGAAGAAAAAAGACGCAAUUAGCGUCAUUAUGGUUUCCAUUUGUUCCAGUUCGAUUUCAUAAUUUUAAAUUUACUAUUGCAAUAAUACCCUUCAAAAUUCGUGGUUUUAUUCACAAAAAUCCAACUGGAAAAUAAAUAAAUACACGAGAACAAAAAUUUACAAGUAGUGAUCUAGCAUCGGAACAAGAAUAAUAUUUGCAUAUAUUCACUGAUUUCUUGUAAUACAGAAAUAAAGAGUUGGUCGUUGAAUGGUUUCUUUUAAUUUUUUCUAAUAGGAGGUUGAAAUGGUUUUCGUCGCGACUUAAAGAACUAGAGAUGGACAUGAUGACAAAGAGAGUCCAGUGUGACCAUGACGUUCAAACAACGUUUGUUUACCUCUUCUCCUUAUAAGGGACUUUCUCGCUACAACUGUUUAUAGUAUUUACUAUGCAAAUAAGAUUUAAGUCGUUCAGGAAAAGACUUUGUCUAAAUUAUGAAGUUUAUUUCGACAUAUCAGUUUACAUGUACAUCGAAUGUGAAGCAAUAUCCUCACUUUCAUUUUAAUCCGGUGAAAUAUUGGAAGAAUAUCAAGAAUGAAAAGGUCUGAGGGAAAAAAGCCAAAAAGGGACAUGUAAUUGCGGCUCAUCAAGUUGUGGUUGGAGUCUUGUAUGAUCGCUUGCUGUUCAUAACAAUAUACAACGAUUUAGACCAUCUACAAUGUUUUGUAGUUGUUUUGAGGAUUUUACUGCAUGAUGGAUCCUAGAAAAUUUUUAAAACGUCUCGCAACAGAGCUCGGAUUAAUGAAAAAUAACUCAAACGCACAGAAAAAGGCUGAAAAAGUUUCCGAACCUGCCGAUUUUGAACAUCGUGUUCAUGUGGCUUUGGAUGAGGAUUCGGGGCGAUACGUUGGUUUACCAAUGCAAUGGAAACAAAUAGUCGGAAGGAAAUCAGACGAUUUUGCCGGUUCUGGAGAUUCACAUCCAGUGUCGAGAAGAUCUCUCACGCAGAGAAACACCAAUAUACUGGAUGACAACGCGCUUGGUCACACUUUGUCACAAAGAAACACGGGGAAUUUCGCAAUUUUUGCCGCUUCUUUAGAAACGCCGGGAUCAAGAGCAAGUGUUGCGGAUAACCAAGAUUUAAUAAUAGAGAGACUAAAACGAGAGUUGAGAGAUUACAAAGCAAGAAAUCCGCAUGGAUUCCAAGAAUUGAGGGAGGAUGGACUUCUUUCAGGUGGACGUAUUAAUUAUUCCUUACAAAAUCUCGGUGAUACAACGGUGACUCAGUUUUCGCUUUUAAAGAAAACAAACUCAAAUAAUACAUUUCGAAGAAAUACCAAACGGUUUGACGCCUUAGCCGAAGAGGAUUACGAUUUCCCCGAAAACAAGCGUAAUUCAAGGAGUUAUAAUAAUACGCUGUCAUCAGCUGCAGUAUCUGGAUACAGCCAAGAUGGUUCAUCUUCGACAAAAAGACACGCAAUCGAAUCAGCGAAUUUUCAACGGGUCCUGAAAAGAUCGGAAAGCGAGGUGUGAAACGAAAAAUUGGUCAUGUUGCUUUAAAUUUUGUUGACUUGAAAAGAUUUGACUGGAGGUAAUUAUUGCUGUAAAUUUUGGCUAGAGAACCCCAAAAUAUAUUCAGUUAUAACAUUGCUUAAUUUGUUCACAUGGCAAAAAAAGGUCCCAUUAAAUUAGUCCUGAAAGAAAAAAAGCUUUGUUAUCUGAGAGAAUAAGGUCACUCAAAGAGAAAAAAAGAAAGUAACAGCGAUGUUUUACUGUCCACCAAUAUCUUUUUUUGUGAAUAUAAUAGCCAAGAGAAAUACUAGACAUAUGCAAAUAUAUUAAGAAUAGAGCAGUAGACUUUGUCUGUCUUCCUGAGGCAAACAUUAUUUUAAACAAUGAAAAUUCAAUCAAUCAGUUUUGACUGAUGUGAGGCAAACUUCUUUCUUGAAAGGCGGCUUAGCUUUAAACGACUUGUAAACAUACUUCUUGUACACUGCAAAUGUUGCUUUUAUGGUGUCGCUUUUAAGCGAUAUUGUUUUACUUAAACUUAUGUUCACUUAGUAGUAUGUUUUAAGAG